AAGCCAACAACAAGAACAAGAGUGUUGCUUCUCUCUUCUUCCUUAUCUAUAUUGUUGGAGGAGAAUCAAGAAUGAGUUGGUCUCUCUGCAGCACCCAUUCCCAUGGGGUCUCCUCUUCCAUAGCUCUCACUUAUGGGUUUCGCCAUAGAAGAUCUACUUUCCGGAUUUGCGCCACUUCUGACGGAUCAGACCCCAAAGACGAACCUCUUCUCGAUAUGAAACCGCCGGAAUCUCCUCUCCCUUCCUCUGCUCUCGGUAAAGACUUGAAAAAGGUAGUUAACAAGACUGCAGCAACCUUUGCCCCUAGAGCUUCCACCGCCAGUAAAAACCCAGCUCUCCCUGGAACUACUCUUUACAAAGUUUUUGAGGUUCAAGGCUAUGCCUCAAUGUUCCUCGGAGGUGUCCUUUCUUUCAACCUCCUCUUUCCCUCCAAUGAACCUGAUUUAUGGAGGUUGAUGGGGAUGUGGUCCAUUUGGAUGUUCACUAUUCCUUCUCUUCGGGCACGAGACUGUCCAAUUAAAGAGAAAGAGGCUCUUAACUACCUAUUUCUGAUCAUCCCGUUGCUCAAUGUUGCUAUUCCCUUCUUUUGGAAGUCAUUUGCUCUUGUCUGGUCUGCUGACACUGUUACCUUCUUUGCAAUGUAUGCCUGGAAGCUUGGAUGGCUGGAAAGCACAGAGUAGGGACUACUCUUGAAUCAUGAUGGGCUUAGAGCAAGCAUGAAGAUUCUUUGUCUUCUCUUCCUUAGAACGAUUCUUCAUUCGGCUUCUCUAUGGAAUGAAGCCUAUCGUGUUAG